CACGGCCCCGAUCACAAAAAAAAAAGUAAGAAACCAAUUAGAAGAAACAUAACUGAAAGAAGAAGAGUGGUAGCCGUAUAGGAGGUUCUCAUAUCAACAAAAAUAUCAACAAAAAUAUCAGGAGAAUUUGUCUAUAAGAUAAGGCGUCGGGCUCAGAUGGAAUGAAUCCUGCCUUUUUUCAAGCAUACUGGGAUAUACUGGGGCCGGAUAUCUCGGCUCUGUGUAGAACGAUGUUUGAUUCAGGUAAGUUAGCUAAACAUAUUAAUUCCACAAAUAUUGUGUUGAUUCCCAAAAAAGAGAAGCCUGAAUCUAUGAGUGAUUGGAGACCAAUUGCGCUGUGUAAUGUGAUAAUAUAUAAGAUUUUUUCUAAAGUUCUUGCUAACCGAAUGAAAGUGAUAUUACAUGAGUUGGAUGGAGAAAGUCAGAGUGCUUUUAUUCCUGGAAGGUCUAUUACUGAUAAUAUUAUAGUUGCUUUUGAGACCCAACAUUUUCUUAAAAGGAAGACGGACGGUAAGGAGGGUUUCAUUGCACUUAAACUUGACAUCACUAAGGCUUAUGAUAGGGUGGACUGGGCUUUCUUGGAAGGUAUUUUAUAUAAAUUGGGGUUUGAUGUAAAGUGGAUUCAUGUUCUGAUGGAGUGUGUUAGAACAGUUAAAUAUUUUAUCCAAUUUGAUGGGAAAUUUUUGGGUCCUAUUACACCGGAGCGUGGUUUGAGACAGAGUGAUCCACUUUCCCCAUAUUUAUUUAUUCUGGUUGCUGAAGGCCUUAGCGCCUUGCUAAGGAAGGCGGAGCAGGAAGGAAAAAUCCAUGGGGUUGCAGUGUGUCGAGGAGCCCCUAGGGUUUCUCACUUGUUUUUUGCUGAUGACAGCUAUUUAUUUUUUAAGGCUGUGGCUAGUGAAUGUAAUACCAUUCGGGCAGUUCUGCGAGAAUAUGAGGAUGGAUCGGGGCAGGCAAUAAAUUUUAAUAAAUCCUCUAUAAAUUUUAGCCAAAAUGUUGUUGAACCGGUUCGGGAUUAUUGUUGUAAUUUUUUCGGUGUUACUCAGGAAAAUGGUCAGAAGAGGUAUUUGGGGCUUCCUAGUAUGGUUGGUCAGGGAAAGACGGCCAUAUUAGGAUUUAUUAGAGAUCGAAUUUUCAAUCGGAUUAAGAGCUGGAAUAACCGUUUUCUUUCUAGAGCAGGUAGGGCGGUUCUUCUCUGGAAUGUAGUGCAAGCUAUGCCCACCUAUGCUAUGAAUGUGUUUCUGCUGCCAGGAAAGUUAUGUGACGAAGUUGAAAAACUUAUGAAUGGUUUUUGGUGGAAAGGAUCCAAGUUUGAGCAAAGAGGUAUUCGGUGGCGAAGAUGGGAGGUCAUGUGCAAACCGAAGGCAUGUGGAGGUAUUGGCUUCAGAAGGCUUCAUGAUUUUAAUAUUGCUAUGCUCGCUAAGCAGGGGUGGAGAUUAUUCAUGAUUUGAAUAAUCCUCAAAGUCUUAUGGGGCAUGUGCUUAAGGCAAGGUAUUUUCCAAACUCGGAUUUUUUACAAGCGAAGAUAGGGAAUAAUCCCUCCUAUAUUUGGCGGAGUCUUUUCGAGACUCAAGAGGUUUUGAGAAAGAAUAUCUGGUGUAGAGUUGGGCAUUGGAGGAAUGUUCAUGUCUGGAGGGAUGCAUGGCUACCGGGUAAGGGGGCUGGCCGAAUCCACUCGGCUAAACCACCUUAUGUGGUUGAUAUGAAUGUGGCAGCUUUGCGGGAUCAUACUGGUAGAAGAUGGAAUGAGAGCAAAAUAUCAUCAAUUUUCUCAAUGGAAGAGCGGAAGGCUAUUUGCAGUAUUCCUAUCAGCUUACAGGAAAAGGAGGAUGGUUUUUGGUGGAGUAAGGAGAAGAAUGGCAAUUUCACUGUCCGUAGCUGUUAUAGAGAGCUUAUACGGACUGAUGGUGAGGGGUUUUGGGGGGGGGGGGUGGACUGAUUUUUGGAGGAUGAAAAUUCCCCCCAAAAUUAAAUAUUUUAUUUGGCAGGUUCUUGAUGGAUCCCUACCUUCUUUGACUAACCUGGAAAAUCGUGGACUUGUUUUGCAAAAAACUUGUAAAUCUUGUAUGCAAGAAGAUGAAUCUACUGAUCAUGCACUGAGGUUAUGUCCUAAAGCAGCGGAGGUAUGGGCUGCGGCUGGGGUGGCAGUCGGGGAUGGGGAUGUUUCAUUGAACAUGUGGCUACAACAUCUUCUUACUGGACCAGAUAAGGAGACGAGGUGCAAAGUGGCAAUGGUGUUAUGGGGCAUUUGGAAGAGACGAAAUGCCUUAGUUUGGAAUGAUGAAUGGCAGCAUACUGCUAGCCUGCUUAACUGCUGUGCGAGUAUACUGCGUGCAUGGCGGGAUGCUCAGCAGGUUACAGGGACGGGUAGCAGCAGACCGAGGGCUGACAACACGGGUUGGGUGAAACCGCAGGCAGGGAGGAUUAAAGUGAAUGUGGACGUGGCUUUGGAUUCGACAAAAGACAUUAGAGCUUGGAGCUGGGUGGCAAGGAAUGACCGGGGAGAUUUCAUUAAGGCAGGAGGAGGUUCAUGCGUAGCAAGUUGGUCCCCUGAGGAGGCCGAAGCCUACGGUCUAAGGGAGGCCGUUCGUGCAGCGAUGAUGGAAGGAUAGGUUACCGUUGAUUUCGAAACCGAUGCUCAGGUGGUUGUUCGGGGUCUCAAACAGGGAGGCGGAUUAGCUUACAUGGAUAUAUUGAUGGAUGAUAUUCGUUUCUUAUUGCACGAAAAGAUUUCUUUUAGUAUCUCUUAUUGUAGAAGGUCUGCGAAUCAUGUGGCUCACGCUUUGACGAGAACACAUGUCUCUAUCUCAUAUCACGUUUUCAAUUAUGAUAGUAUUCCGGAUUGUAUUGUAAGACCGAUGGCUAAU